CUCUAGAAAGGUGCGCAGUGUCCCGACUUCGAAUUCCAAGUUGGAAAAAAGUUGGGAAACAAUAUUUUCCCAGCCGGAGCUCAUUAUUCCCGAGUUCCCAGUUGACUUGAAAGCACUGAAUUCGGAGAUUUCCGAGUUCAGCUGAUUUUUGAACGCGACAAAACGUCCAGACUUCGGUCAAUGACGCACAGACAGGAGCGCACUUUGAAACUGCAGGACUCUUGAGUAACCAUGCAGACAAUUGAAGUUCUGAAACAGGCCCUCUCCAGCCUGGAUCCUACCCAGCAGCAGCAGCUCUUGGUGGCCGGGUCUGUGGUGGCCGUGGGUGGGCUGAUGACCUGUUAUUACUGGGUGUAUCAAGGCACGAAGACCAAGCGCAUUCCAAUAGGGGAUGGGUGGUGGGGGGCAGGAGAGAAGCCUCAGUCAGAGGAUGAGAAGGUUUUCCCCUUUCAGGUCCAGACUUCUGAUGAAGAGAUACAGGACUUGUAUGACCGUAUUGACAAGACCCGGUACACUGAACCACUGGAGGACACAGGCUUCCAGUACGGCUUCAACUCUACCUACCUGAAGAAGGUGGUCUCCCACUGGAGGCAUCAAUUUAACUGGAAGAAGCAGAUUGCAAUACUCAACAAGUAUCCUCAAUUCAAAACCAAUAUCGAGGGAUUGGAUGUACACUUCAUCCAUGUGUGUCCACCUCACCGUGAGGGCCAGAGGGUGUUGCCUCUAAUGCUGGUGCAUGGCUGGCCUGGCUCUGUUUAUGAGUUCUAUAGGAUCCUGCCCUUACUCACUAACUCGCUGGACAGUCUGGCUUUCGAAGUCAUCUGCCCCUCCAUCCCAGGAUAUGGCUUCUCCGAGGCCCCUCAUAAGCAAGGGUUUAACUCUCUGGCUGCAGCGAGGGUCUUCCACAAGCUGAUGGAGCGUCUGGGUUUCUCAGACUAUUAUCUGCAGGGAGGAGACUGGGGCUCACUCAUCACUACUAACAUGGCCCAGAUGAAGCCAGAGUGUGUGAAGGGUCUCCACCUCAACAUGUUAACUAGCAAACUGAGGGGGUUCGGUGUCCUGCUUUCAAUCCUGAUUGGCCGCUACCUGCCCUGGCUGGUUGGGUUCACCCGGGAGGAUGUCAGGAGGUUGUUUGGUUCAGUAGGUUUCAUGGAAAGGAACUUCUAUGAGAUCAUAAGAGAGACUGGCUACCUGCACAUCCAGGGCACCAAGCCAGACUCCGCUGGUUGUGGAGUGAAUGACUCUCCAGUAGGCCUGGCUGCUUACAUACUGGAGAAGUUCUCCACCUGGACUGACUUCAACAACAGGGACUUGGAAGAUGGGGGGCUGGAGAGGAAGUUCACCCUGGACGACCUGCUGACCAACAUCAUGAUCUACUGGACCACCGGCUCCAUCGUGUCCUCCAUGAGGUUCUACAAGGAGAACUUAAAGACCAACAUUGACAACAGACUGGAUAAUCACACGGGGGUGUAUGUGCCUACAGGUCUGGCGGCGUUCCCCAACGAGCUAAUGCACGUGCCCCAGGUGUGGGCUAGAGCCAAGUUCAGGAACAUUUACUCCUACUCUUACAUGCCCCGAGGAGGCCACUUCGCUGCCUUCGAGGAGCCACAGCUCCUGGCUGACGACCUGCUGCAGUUUGUGAAGAAGGUGGAGAAGUUGUAGAGUUGAUGGAUACAAGAGGUCGACUCUCCCCUCCUGCCAAGUGCCUGGAAGAAAAACCAGCAGGACUGCAGAACGUGAUGACACUACAGCUUGGAAUUGUAGCUUUGUACUAAAAACAUUCAUGUUAAUCUAAGAUUAAAAAUCAGAAGCACUGUCUGAUUAUCAGGUAAAUACUUGGUCAAUCAGUGAUGUUAACACUGCAAUAUGAUCAUGCUCAGUGAUUGUGUUGGUGUAAUAUUAAGGCUAUACAGUCAACAUAAUGGACCAAUACUGUAAUAAUGAAAUGAUCAGCACUUCAAUACUGAUGUCUUCCAGAUUGCAAAAAAAACUGAAAGCAUCAAUCACAGAUGUCUGUUCUUUUCUUGUUGCAAUAAUGAAAUACUGCUAUAGUAUACUACUGAUGUCCUGCUAUAGUAUACUAUACUACUGCUAUACUACUAUAGCAUACUAUACUACUGCUAUACUGCUAUAGCAUACUAUACUACUGCUGUACUGCUAUAGCAUACUAUACUACUGAUAUAGCAUACUAUACUACUGCUAUACUGCUAUAGCAUACUAUACUACUGCUAUACUGCUAUAGCAUACUAUACUACUGCUGUACUGCUAUAGCAUACUAUACUACUGCUAUAGCAUACUAUACUACUGCUAUACUGCUAUAGCAUACUAUACUACUGCUAUAGCAUACUAUACUACUGCUGUCCUGAUAUAGCAUACUAUACUACUACUAUAGCAUACUAUACUACUGCUGUACUACUAUAGCAUACUAUACUGCUGUACUGCUAUAGCAUACUAUAGCAUACUAUACUACUGAUGUUCUGCUAUAGCAUACUAUACUACUGCUGUCCUGCUAUAGCAUACUAUACUGCUGUUCUGCUAUAGCAUACUAUACUACUGCUGUCCUGAUAUAGCAUACUAUACUACUGCUGUUCUGCUAUAGCAUACUAUACUACUGCUAUAGUAUACUAUACUAAUGCUGUCCUGAUAUAGCAUACUAUACUACUGUUAUCCUGAUAUAGCAUACUAUACUACUGCUAUAGCAUACUAUACUACUGCUGUACUGCUAUAGUAUACUAUACUACUGCUGUACUGCUAUAGUAUACUAUACUACUGCUGUACUGUUAUAGCAUACUGUACUACUGCUGUACUGCUAUAGCAUACUGUACUACUGCUAUAGCAUACUAUACUACUGCUAUACUGCUAUAGUAUACUAUACUACUGCUGUACUGUUAUAGUAUACUAUACUACUGCUGUACUGUUAUAGCAUACUAUACUACUGCUGUACUGCUAUAGCAUACUGUACUACUGCUGUACUGCUAUAGCAUACUAUACUACUGCUAUACUGCUAUAGUAUACUAUACUACUGCUGUACUGUUAUAGCAUACUAUACUACUGCUGUACUGUUAUAGCAUACUAUACUACUGCUGUACUGCUAUAGUAUACUAUACUACUGCUGUAAUCAUGUCUAUUGUGGUGACCCUGUAAGGCAGGGAUGUCAAACUCAGUCCAGAGUGCCAAGUGUCUGUGGAUUUUUCCUUUCAAUUAAGACCAAGACAACCAGGUGAGAGGAGUUCCUUACUAAUUAGUGACCUUCAUUAAUCGAGGGAGGAGUGAAAGGAGUUUGACAGGUGCUGUAAUGUCUUCCUGUUUAGUGUCUGAUAUUUGUGAGGGUAGUAGCGACAACACCUGUAGACACUCGGCCCUCCGUGGAACGAUUUUGACACUUCCUGUUUAGUGUCUGAUAUUUGUGGGGCUGGUUCCCAGGAGUGACCUGGACACAGCUUAAGUUUAGUCCUGGACUAAAAAUAUAUUUCAAUGGUAGUGUUCCAUUGAGCAUGGUUUUUAGUCUCGGUCUAGAUUAAGCCUAAUCUAUGUCCCGGAAACCAUGAUGAAUUUUCUGUGGACCCCAGGAAGACCAGCAGUCACUAAGGGGUCAGCUUAUGAGGAUCCAAAUGAACAAAUUAAAUUAACAUCCACAAGUCAAUAACUUACAAGAUGUUGAACAAGAUUAAACCUUUGUAUGCUGCAAAAUGUGAAUAA